CAGAAAGCGAAGGCGUUCGUUCUCAGGACGACAGGAGAGAGCUGGCUGCAGAGAAAAAAUAAAGUAGGGACGUCGAGUUCUGAAAAGCUUGCAGAACUGCGGCAAUGGACGCCGGCGACGCCAUGGAGAGAGGGCAGCAGCGGUCGCCUCGGCUGCCAGAGAGCCGAAGCCCGAAGAUGCAGGACGACGACACCCUGACGGUGCCGCUCAUAGAGGACAAGAAAAGCGGGAGCAAAGCACCGGCGGUGGUGCUAGGGUUCGAGUGUCUGGAGAGCACGGCGUUCAACGGCAUCGCCACGAACCUGGUGGUGUACCUGGAGACCGUGCUGCACGGCAGCAACCUCGCGAGCGCGUCCAACGUCACGACGUGGUUCGGCACGAGCUACCUCACCCCGGUGUUCGGCGCCAUCGUCGCCGACACGUUCUUCGGCAACUACAACACCAUCCUCGUCUCCCUCGUCUUCUACCUCCUGGGCAUGGUGCUCGUCACCUUCUCGGCGUUCCUGCCGGCCACCGCGCUGUGCGGCGUGUUCGGGUCGGCGUGCCAGCAGCAGCAGCCCGUCUUGGGCGCGCAGACCAUCGCCUUCGUCGGGCUCUACCUCGUGGCGUUCGGCAGCGGCGGCGUGCGCGCGGCUCUGCUGCCGUUCGGCGCGGAGCAGUUCGACGACGACAACGCGGUGGACCGGGAGCGCAAGAUGUCGUUCUUCAGCUGGUUCUACAUCUGCGUCGACUUCGGCAUGAUCGUGUCGGGCCUCUUCAUCGUGUGGAUCCAGCAGAACGUGAGCUGGGGACUCGGAUUCGGCAUCGCCACGGUCUGCGUCACGAUCGCGUUCGGCGGCUUCGUGCUCGCCACGCCCAUGUACAAGCGCAGCAUGCCCACCGGCACUCCCCUCAAGAGCAUCGCCCAGGUCGUGGUCGCCGCGUGCCGGAAGGUCAGCCUCCGUGUCCCGGGCGACGCCGCACUCCUCUACGAGGUCCAUGACAAGAUCGAUCAGGCGAAGAUCACGCACACCGACGAGUUCAGCUUUCUUGACAAGGCGGCGGUGAUCGUGGAUUCCGACUUGGAAGAGGACUCGAACGACGCCUCGGCGGCGGCCGCGGGGUCGUGGAGGCUCUGCACGGUGACGCAGGUGGAGGAGCUCAAGAUCCUGCUGCGGCUGCUGCCGAUAUGGGCGACGAGCAUCGUGCUGUCGGCGGCGUACGCGCAGCUGAACACGACGUUCGUCCAGCAGGGCGCCGCCAUGAACAUGCGCGUCAUGUCGUUCAGCAUCCCGGCAGCGUCGAUGGUGUCCUUCGAGGUGCUCUGCGUCCUGGCAUGGGUGCUCAUCUACGGCUCCGUGAUCGUGCCGCUCCUCAGGAGCUUCUCCCCCGCCAGCGGCGAGCCGUCGCAGCUGCGGCGCAUGGGCGCCGGCCGGCUGCUCAUCGCGUUGGCGAUGGCCGUCGCUGCGCUGGUCGAGAUGAAGCGGCUGGACGCGGCGGGGCGCGGCGAUUCCGUGAGCAUCGCGUGGCAGAUGCCGCAGUACUUCAUGCUGGCCGGCGGGGAGGUGUUCUGCUACAUCGCGCAGCUGGAGUUCUUCUACAGCGAGGCGCCGGAGUCCAUGAAGAGCAUCUGCACGUCCCUGGCGCUGCUCACCGUGGCGCUGGGCAGCUACAUGAGCUCCUUCAUCUACGCCGUCGUGAACGCGCUCACCGCCGUCGACGGCCGGCCCGGGUGGAUGUCGGACAACCUCGACGAAGGCCACCUCGACUACUUCUUCUGGAUCAUGGCGGCGCUGUGCACGCUCAACUUCGUCGUGUACAGCGCGUUCGCGCGGACCUACAAGGUGAAGACGGUCGUGUCAUGAUGGCUCGCCACUCAUCCGCGCGCGUACAUAAACAAAAAAAACACACACACACACAAAAUAGGAAUAUACGGAACACGUCCGGUGCACGUACAACAGUUUUGUUUGGCAGCGACAGAUCUCUCGCUGCUGCUGGUCCACGUCACCGUGUUCCUUUUUUUCUUUUAAUUCUUUCCUUUUUUUCCCAUCGGUUUCACUGGGACAUACGGAUGGGCAACGGGACAUCCAUGAACUUUAUGUUGUGCUCCUGGAAAGAAAAAUUUGGAAUGUGGAUACA